AUGGCAACCGAGGCCCAAAAGAUCAAGGUCAAGAACCCAGUCGUUGAACUGGAUGGAGAUGAGAUGACUAGGAUUAUCUGGCAGGAGAUCAGAGAGAAACUUAUCCUUCCGUACCUCGACAUUGACCUCAAGUACUACGACUUGGGCAUUGAAUACCGUGACCAGACCGACGACAAGGUCACCGUUGAUGCCGCUGAGGCCAUCAAGAAGUAUGGUGUCGGUGUCAAGUGUGCCACCAUCACUCCCGAUGAGGCCCGUGUUAAGGAGUUCAACCUGAAGAAGAUGUGGCUGUCUCCCAAUGGUACCAUCCGAAACAUCCUCGGUGGAACGGUCUUCCGUGAACCCAUUGUCAUCCCUUGCAUUCCUCGCCUUGUGCCUGGAUGGACCAAGCCCAUUAUCAUUGGUCGUCACGCCUUCGGUGACCAGUACCGUGCUACAGACCGUGUGAUCCCUGGACCGGGAACCCUCGAGCUCGUCUACACCCCCACUGGCGGCAAGCCCGAGUCCAUCAAGGUCUUCGACUUCCCCGGUGGUGGUGUCGCGCAGACCCAGUACAACACCGAUGAAUCCAUCACUGGCUUCGCUCACGCCUCUUUCAAGGUGGCUCUCUCCAAGGGCCUCCCUCUGUACAUGAGCACCAAGAACACCAUCCUGAAGAAGUAUGAUGGCCGCUUCAAGGACAUCUUCCAGGAGAUCUACGAGAAGGAGUACAAGAAGGACUUUGAGGCCAAGGGCAUCUGGUACGAGCACCGUCUCAUCGAUGACAUGGUCGCCCAGAUGAUCAAGAGCAGUGGUGGAUUCGUGAUGGCUCUGAAGAACUACGACGGUGAUGUUCAGUCCGACAUUGUCGCCCAGGGCUUCGGCUCCCUCGGUCUCAUGACCUCCACUCUCACCACCCCCGAUGGCACUGCUUUCGAGUCUGAGGCCGCCCACGGCACCGUCACUCGCCACUACCGUGAGCACCAGAAGGGCAAUGAAACCUCCACCAACCCCAUUGCCUCCAUCUUCGCCUGGACCCGCGGUCUCAUUCAGCGUGGCCAGCUAGACAACACCCCUGAUGUUGUCUCCUUCGCCGAGCAGCUCGAGCGCGCCUGCAUUGAUGUCGUCAACGAGGAAGGCAUUAUGACCAAGGACCUUGCCCUCUCCUGUGGCCGCAAGGAGCGCGAGGCCUGGGUCACCACCCGCGAAUACAUGGCUGCCGUCGAGAGGAGGUUGAAGGCUAGCUUGAACAAGGCUAAGAUCUAA